AUGAAAAACAAUACAAAGGUGAGUGAGUUCAUCCUGCUAGGACUAACCAGUGUCACAGAACUGCAGUUUCCCCUCGUCAUAAUGUUCACCCUUAUCUACCUCAUCACUGCAAUUGGGAACAUGAGGAUGAUCACAUUGAUCUUGUUGGACUCUCAUCUCCACACUCCCAUGUACUUUUUCCUCAGUAACCUCUCUCUAGUGGACUUUGGUUACUCCUCAACAGUCACUCCAAAAGUUUUGGUUGGGUUGCUUUCAGAAGACAAAGUUAUCUCCUACAAUGCAUGUGCUGCUCAGAUGUUCUUUUUUGCAAUGUUUGCCACUGUGGAAAGUUAUCUCUUGGCUUCAAUGGCCUAUGACCACUAUGCAGCAGUGUGUAAACCCCUGCACUAUACCAUCACCAUGACAAAAAGUAUGUGUACUCAUUUGGCUCUAGGCUCUUAUGCCAUUGGUUUUCUAAAUGCUUCUAUCCAAAUUGGAGAGACAUUUUGUUUCUCUUUCUAUAAAUCCAAUGUGAUCCACCACUUUUUCUGUGAUAUUCCAGCAGUCAUGACUAUGACCUGUUCUGACAGACACACUAGUGAGCUGACCCUUGGUCUUAUUUCAAGCUUUGAUGUCUUUUUUGCAAUUCUCAUUAUUAUGACUUCCUAUAUGUCUGUAUUUACCACUGUUUUGAAGAUGCACACAGGUAAGGGAAACAGGAAGCCUUUGUCAACCUGUGACUCUCAUCUCAAUGCUAUGUCCUUAUUUUAUGGGACUGCCAUCAUGUACUUACAACCAAGUUCCAGUCAUUCCAUGGACACAGACAAAAUAGCUUCUGUGUUCUACACGAUGGUCAUACCCAUGUUGAAUCCUGUUGUCUAUUGCAUGAGGAACAAAGUGGUGGAGAGCGCAUUCAAAAAGGUUGCUGAGAAGGCAAAUGUCCUCUAUGUUUAG